AUGAGUUCAGAUGACAUGACACCUGGGACCGGGGCGGCCAAUGAUGGGUACGGGUCGCACCGAACGCCCGACACGUCAGCGUCGUCUGCACGGACUGGGAGCAGCGUGCACCUCACGCCGGACAGCGACUCCGACAGCAGUGGGGAAGACCGCGACGACCUCCCGCUUGUGGAUUCGCAGCUCCACGGAGGGGAAGAGUCGUAUGAGCUGCAGGACUUCAGUGCCGGGGGGCUUUCCAAGGCUUACCAGGACGACGAUGAGCGCCAAGGCGAUGUCUAUGGCUCAAGCUCGGGCGGCCGGCGGAGGUUGAGCGAAAGCACCGCCGCGAGCUUCCAGCUCUACACUCCGGACGAAGAACAGGCUGUGGUCCGCAAGUUCGACCGGCGGCUAGUGCUUUUCUUGUCGGUGUGCUACAUGUUGUCAUUUCUGGACCGGUCAAAUAUUGGCAACGCGCGGCUUGCCGGCAUGGAGCAGGACUUGCAGUCAAGACCAGCUAAAGAUGACUGGUACGAAUGGUCCCUGACUUCGUUUUACAUUGCCUACAUUGUGUUCGAAUGGAUGAGUCUAUUGUUCAAGGUGAUUCCAGCCCAUAUCUAUUCAAUUGCAACUUCAUACCCGGUUCUUAUCUUCCUACGGACCCUUCUUGGCAUUGGCGAAGCCGGGUUCACUGGCGUUCCGUUCUAUUUGUCAUUCUUCUUCAAGAAGGACGAGUUAGCAUUUCGGACGGCGCUCUUCAUCUCAGCUGCGCCACUUGCAACGACCUUCGCGUCGUCUCUCGCCUGGCUCGUUCUCAAAAUUGGCGAACAUGUUCCCAUCGCCCCGUGGCGAUUACUGUUCCUAAUCGAAGGUUUUCCUUCGGUCGUCAUUGGCGUCAUUGCGUGGCAUGUGAUUCCCGAUCGUCCGCAAACCGCCUCUUAUCUUACGGCGAGAGAGAAGAAGGUUGCGCGUCUGCGUCUCCGACACGAGAAGCCCCAGCCUCGAAAGGGGUACGGCACUCAACCAAAGGCAUCGGGCCUCAAGACAAAGGAGGUCCUUUCUGUUCUAGCUGAUCCCAAAGCUUGGACCAUCGCGUCGAUGUUCUUCUUGACCAAUAUGGCGUAUUCAUCACUGCCCGUGUUCCUGCCCACUAUCCUUCGAGAGAUGGGACAUACCGCCCUCGAGAGCCAGGCUCUUAGCGCUCCACCGUACCUGAUAGCCUUCAUCACUGUUUUGAUAACGGCGUAUCUGUCUGAUAGACUACAGACUAGGUCUCUAUUCAUCGUCGCGCACGCGCUCUCGUCUGCCCUGGGUUACACCGUCAUGGCACUGGCACGGCCCUUGAGUAUCAGUCCUAUGCUAAGAUACUUGGCCGUCUACCCAGCUGCUACCGGCUUCUUCAACGUGGUGGUUCUCGUUAUAGCCUGGACCAUCAACAACCAGCCCACGGAGAGUCGCCAGGGAGGCGGCUUCGCUCUGCUGCAGGUCAUCGGUCAAUGCGGUCCCCUCGUUGGCACAAGACUCUAUCCCAAGCGGGAUGGACCGUUCUUCGAGCCGGGCAUGUGGGCGUGUGCUGGUGCUAUGUUUGGCGUCGCAGCCUUGGGCGCCUUGCUCCGGCUUUACCUUGCUCGAAAGAAUCGGCUAUUAGAUCCCGUUGAUCACGGGCGAGAUGAAGAAGAAGCGCAGGGUCUAGUUGGAACAUCUCAAAGGGAUGAACUCGGCCCUGGUCAUCCGUUCAGGUUCAUGCUGUGA